UUCAUCACCGCACCAUACCACACCACCCACAUGCGGAUGCGGAUGCUGCGACUCGCGCUGCGCGUGGUGCGCCCUGGGCCUGCCCGUGUGGGCGUACGACGGGCGACGACGACGGCGGUGCCCACCCCAGGAGCAGCGGCAGGGGCACCUCCGCCGCCGCCCACGACGACGACGACGACGACGAAAAGCAAGACGGCGUUAACGCCGCGCCCCGCCCACGUGCCCGCGCCGCCCAAGCACGGCCGGCGCACGCGCAAGGCGUCUUCCCGCCCGUCGCUCGCGUGGACGCCGCCCGCCCCGCGUGCCCAGCCCACGCCGCACGCGCUCGCCCGCGCCGCGCGCCGCCGGGCGCGGCUCGCGCGCGCGUUCGCGGCCCCGCAGAGCGCAAGGGUGCCGCGGUUUAGGGUGGGCUUCCACGUCGUACGACACGCGAUGCCGCUCAGAAGAGGGCGGCGCGGGCGGCUGGGGCGGGAGGCAAGGAAGAGGCUGGAGGCGCGGGGCUUGUUGGAGAGCCGCCGGAAUCGGAAGAGGACGGGAAGGGCGCGGGUCGGGAUGGACGCGCCGCGGCGGUGGAACGCGCCGGUGCGCGCGGGGGUGCUGCCCGCGUACGACGAGGCGGUGCGGCUCAUCCGCGCGGACGCGGGCGCGGUGCGGAGGGAGGCGCAGGCGCUGCGCGCGGAGCUCAGGGUGGCGGAGAAGGGAGGGGCGCGGGCGGCGGAGGUGGAGGGGAUGCGGGAGCGGCUGCACGUGCUGGACGUGCAGAGCGAGGUGAACCUGCCCGAGGUGCGCUGGAGCGUCGCGAACGGGAUGGCGGACAUGCGCAUCCCGUCGCACCGCCACCUCGUCGAGCAGCGCUGGCGGAAGGAGGGCGACCUCGACCUGCUGAUGGAGCGCCUGCACCAGAUGCACGUGCUCCCGGACGUGCUCCCCGCGCUGCACCCGACCGUCGACCUGCGCCUCACCGCGCGGCUCAUGCCGGCGCACUUCGCCGCGCUGAUGCGGCGCAACCGCGCCGGCCGCGGCGUGAACACGUACAAGGAGGUCGUGCCGGGCAACUACCUCACGCCGAAGCAGACGAUGGCGCCGCCGCGCGUGUACGCGAACGCGUUCCACACGGACGUGCGCCUGUACACGCUGCUCAUGCUCGACGCGGACGUGCCCGACCCGCAGCACCGGACGUACACCACGUUCCUCCACUGGCUCAAACCGAACAUCCCGCUGUCGGCGACGCACGCGGGGCGGCUCGCGCACCUGAACAGCCACACGGCGUAUAUCCCCCCGCACCCGCAGCGCGGCACGCCGUACCACCGCUACGUCACGCUGCUCCUCCCGCAGCCGCCGCGGCCCGGCGCGCGCUACGACCGGGCGAGCGAGGCGGCCAUGGCCGCGCAGCAGGCCGCGCUCGAGCAGCGGGGCGCGGCGGCGAAGGAGCGCGCGCGGCAAGUUGAGGCGGCGGUCGCGGAGGCGGCGUCGGCGCUCGGCCCGGCGGGCGGCGGCGGAAGGGGCCGGACGACGCGCCCGACGCACCCGAACGCGGCGCCGGAGGCGGAGCGGGAGCACGCGACGCUGUCGGCGCGGCUGGAGAUCCCGGUCGUGCGCGACGCCGAGCGGCUGCGCUUCGACGUGCGCGCGUUCGUGAAACGGUGGGGGCUGGGCGAUGGCGUGCGGGGCUUUGGCGGCGGGGCGCAUAUGUUCCGCGGGGUGUGGGAUAGCCAAGUGGGCGCGGUGUAUCGGUAUAAGCUGCACGAGCCGCAGCCGCGGUAUGGACGGGCGAACGUGAAGGAAGAGGAGGGGAUGAAGGCGUAG